AUGGUUGAGGCAGAGGUGCAGAAGGAAUCAGAGGCAGCGGCGCAGCAGAAGGAGGAGGGUGCGGCGCCGAAGAUGGUUGAGGCAGAGGCGCAGAAGGAAUCAGAGGCAGCGGCGCAGCAGAAGGAGGAGGGUGCGGCGCCGAAGAUGGUUGAGGCAGAGGCGCAGAAGGAAUCAGAGGCAGCGGUGAGCCAGAAGGAUAAGGCAGUGGCGCUGCAUAUGGAGGAGGCAGACGCACAUAAGGAAGGAGAGGCGCGGAAUAAGGCAGAAGCAGCGGCGCGGCAGAAGGCGGAGGCAGAGGAGCAGAAACAGGCUGCGGAAGAGGCAUUACAACUGGCUCGGGCAAAAGCGCGGAAGAAGGCUGUUGUAGAGGCGCGGCAGAAGGCGGAGGGUGAGGCGCAGAAGAUGGCAGAGGCCGAGGAGCAGAAGCAGGCUGAGGGAGACGCACGUAGGAAGCCAGAUGGAGAGGAGGGUUCAGAUGGGAAUAAAAUGAUACAGACAGAGGGACGGGAGACGGCGGGUGCUGAGGGGCACAUCAUCACAGAGGAAGAGGGGCAGCAUGACGAGGAGGCAGCGUCGCAGGUAUUCGCAUACGGAGAGACGCAGAGCAUGGCAGAGACAGAGCGUCAAAAUACUAUGGAGGAGGUUCGUGUGGUCCCGGAGGCUGGAGUGGGGCACUACGAGGGAGAUGCGCUGGAAACAGAAGAGGAGCAGGAUGAGGAGGAUACGGUACAUCCGGCAGUCCGGAUAUUUUUGGGAGGAAGUCCGACGCGGGGACCAGGAACCGGGGUAGAGGGGCCAUGGAGAGUGGCAGACGAUGGGGCGCCUAGGGAUACAGUGGAUCUCAACAGGCAGAGGCGGCCUACCCUUCACCAGAGAGCAGAGGAGAGCAAUCUCGGCCAAGGCGGGGUGGCAGAAGCGUUUUGGCAGGUAGAGUGGGUCGAGGCAGAGAGGCAAUACGGCGGAUGCUGCAGCGCACGAGUACAGUCCUGGUCGAACAAGGUGACAGGUUCGUCAGUCGGGAGGGGGGAUGGCGGAGGGCACGUUAAAGGGGGGGAAGAGAGGUUGAGAGAGGUUCUGAGAGAAGACUCUGAGCGGCGGAACAGAGAUAGACUGCAGGACGAGGAGCGGAGGCAGAAGGCCACGAGGAAGGAAGCAGACGCCGCAGAGAGACGGAAGAAGGAAAAACAGCAGGAGGAAGAGCGUCGGCAAAAGGAGAUGAGAGAGGGAAUGAAGGAGAUGAAGGAGGCGAUGAUGAAGGAGAUGAAGGCAGAAAUGAAGGAGAUGAAGGAUGGGAUGGACACGAAGAGGAAACAAGUGGCGGACAACGAGGAGAGACAGAAGAAGAAACAACUGGACGAGCAAUGGCGGAAGGAGGAGGAGGAGAAGAGGAAGGAUGUAGAGGCCACAGAGCGGUGGAGGAAGAAGAAACAUCAGGAGGAAGAGCGACGGCAGAAGGAGGUGGAGGCGGGAAUGAAGGAAGUGAUGGAGGCUGUGAAGGAGAUGAAGACGGGGAUGAAGGGGUGGAAGGAGGGGAUACUAAGUGAGGUGGAAAAGCGGCUGUCAGUAGUUCUGAGAUUGGACGCAGAGCGGCGGCAAAAGGAGGAGCAGGGUAGGAAGGCAACGGAGGAGAAGGAGCACCAGCAAAAUGAGGAGGCGCAGAGGAAGGAGGCAGAGGAAGCAGAGCGGGUGGAGAGGGAGAAACAGCAGGAGAUGGCGCACCUGCAGAAGGAGGAGGCGCAGCGGAAAGAUGCAGAGGAGGCCGAGAGGCAGGAGAGGGAGAAACAGCAGGAGAUGGCGCGCCUGCAGAAGGAGGAGAGGCAGAGGAAGGAGGCAGAGGAGGCAGAGCGGCAGCAGAGGGCGAAACAGCAGGAAUUGGACCGCCUGCAGAAGGAGGAGGCGCAGAAGAAGGAGGCAGAGGAGGCCGAGCGGCAGCAGCGGGCGAAACAGCAGGAGAUGGAGCGCCUGCAGAAGGAGGAGGCGCAGAAGAAGGGGGCAGAGGAGGCCGAGCGGCGGCAGAGGGCGAAACAGCAGGAGAUGGAGCGCCUGCAGAAGGCGGAGCAGUGCCGAGCAGAGAAGAGGGCCAGACUUGCAUCCUACGUGGAACAGCAGCGGCAACUAGAGGCAAAGGCAAAGGCGAUGGCUGAAGAGACGGAACGAUUGGCACGAGAGAUGGAAGAGGAGGAUUUGGCCAUGCAGGGGGAGGGGACCUGGAAGGGAGUCGAGGAGGAAAUAGCUGAGGGCCUGGGGAGUUUGCUGUUGAUUGAGAGCGGGGAGGCGAAUGUAGCAGAGGGCGUGGCUAUUGUUCCCGGACAGAAUGUAGAGGUGUCCAGGAGGCGGCCUAGACAGGAGGACAGGGAGCCGGAGGGUCAUGCGGCUAAGAGACGGCGUGCAGCUGGUAUACAGGAGUUGAUACCGAUAAUCCCAGGGGAAAAGAAAGGGAUGAAGAUCGACAAGUGUGACAACAGGAAAAACGCCGUAGUGGACGACAAGGGUAAGACUUUGGGUGUCUGCCUGCCGUUCAGGGGAAGCGGGUUCUCUCAACGGGGCGAGGGAGCUUUGCAGAAGUGGACGUCUGAGCAGACCGUCGGUGGCCGGAAGCGGAACCUCGGCUCUCACAAAACGGUGUGGGAGAGGGCAUACACGGUCGCAGUCUGCUGGAAGUUCUAUUUCCCGGAUAUUGACAUGCAGGCAUACGGCAUGAAUCCAAACCGUAUUAACAAGUGGCGGGAAGACCUCGACUUCACAACGUGGCUUCCAACAAGGGUGUGGAGCGUCAUCAACGAGCUCCACCUGGACAAACCGGACAGAUUCUCACUCGUUCAAACCAACACGGCUCUUCGGCAGCAGCAGGGGGAUGGCUUUCAGGUAGCUGCCUGCGUUGGUGUCGGAAUAACUGCAUGGCAGAAGAUGGUGGGAGGCGUGGAGGGUGAAAACGGCUAUUCGACGGAAGAAUACGCAGUCGGACUUGCCGCCACGUUGUCUGUAAUGUGGGCCGCAUCCACGAAUGUGGACCAGACCCAGUGGGAGACGGGCGCAACAUCAGCUGCACGUGGAACUUCUACGGCCAUGGCAUCUUCUGCUGCCAGAUCGUCCACUGCUGCCACCGCCUCGUCGGCUGCCUCGUCAUCUUCUGCGGCCGAUGUGUCCUCUGCCGUCCUCGAUGCCCUUGCGACGCUUGCAGCCUCGGUUGCUUGCGUUGCGGUUGAGGCGAUGAGGUCGGUCAAGGAUCAGGAGCAUGACAAGGAAGCGUGGAUUCUGCCCCUGUCGGAUGCGCUGCUGAAAGCGCUUCCGGCAGAGUCGCGAGCGGCCGGGGAUACGAAGCGGAUGACGAGGGUGGUGGCAAAGGUGGUGACCUCUUGGUGCCUAUGCAGCAUGGCAUCAAGAGGCCUUCGCCAGCACCAGGGCGUCUGCCUCGGAGUCCUGCAGAAGAAGUUGGGCGGCCGGGACACCACAACAGGGGCGGAUAAGGAGAAGAAAACCAAGAAAUCGUCCGCGAAGGGGAACGCGACGAAGGAUGCGUCGACGGAGGAGAACACCAGCACUGGCGGGCAGGAGUGA